AUUAUUUUGUUAAAUUGUUUACGCGAGUUCUCUUAUUUUUUAAAGUUUGAAAUUAGGCUUAAGAAAAAAUGGCAACAGCAGGACCAUAUAACUAUUCAUACAUUUUCAAGUACAUAAUCAUUGGGGAUAUGGGAGUGGGAAAGUCCUGUUUACUGCAUCAGUUCACAGAAAAAAAAUUCAUGGCAGAUUGUCCCCAUACUAUUGGAGUUGAAUUUGGUACAAGGAUAAUAGAAGUUGCAGGCCAAAAGAUAAAACUUCAGAUAUGGGACACAGCAGGUCAGGAAAGGUUUAGGGCAGUGACUAGAAGUUAUUACAGGGGAGCAGCCGGGGCUCUUAUGGUUUAUGAUAUUACCAGGAGAAGUACAUAUAAUCAUCUAAACAGCUGGCUAUCCGAUGCUAGAAAUCUCACAAACCCUAAUACCGUGAUUUUCAUGGUUGGGAAUAAGUCAGAUCUGGAGGCACAAAGGGAUGUCACUUAUGAGGAAGCCAAACAGUUUGCAGAUGAAAAUGGACUCUUAUUCAUGGAAUCAAGUGCAAAAACGGGAGAUAAUGUUGAGGAUGCAUUUUUAGAUACAGCCAAGAAAAUAUAUCAGAACAUACAGGAUGGAAGUUUGGAUUUGAAUGCGGCAGAGUCAGGCGUCCAACACAAGCCAAUGGCAGCCAGGGGUGGAUCACUUGCCAAUGAUCAAACUGCUAGCAGAGAUGGAUGCUCUUGUUAAUUUUAAUGGAUAAUAUCUUAAAUUAUCAAUGACCUCUCUAUCAUUCUAUCGUCGGUGGUGACUUGUGCAAAGAUGACCUGAUAAAUUUCUAUUUAUUGUAACCAUUGCUCGUUGUCACAUAUGACUAUAUUUAUCCUUAUAAUCAUCAUUAGUAAUGUUUUAUAUCAUUUUUUUUGCGUUAUAACAAUAAUUAUUUCUAACAAGCUUACAUGUGCAAAAAUCGAUGUAACAUUUUUUUAUGAUUGUUUGAUGUUAUUCUUAUGUAACAAAUGGGACUUGUCAGACAAUACAAAAAAUUUAUUUAUGUUAAAAAUUUUGGAAUAUUGCAGUUAAGUGAUUCAACAAAUAAUUGUAAUUUAUAUUUUCACCACUUAUUAAUUUACUUUCUAUAUUUACAAACUGCUAUUAAAAGAUAGCUUAAUAAUUAAUAUUAAAAGCAUUCUAUUAUUAUUAGUUUCAUUAAAAUGGCUUGUAAUAAAUUAGUUUAAAACGAGACUGUUUAAUUUAUUUGAUCUAGUUCGAAAUAUUUCUUGCUUGUUUCAUUACGUUUUACUCCAAUUAAUUUUUGUUAAAAACAAUAAUAUUCAUUUUUUAUUAGUAGUAGCUUAAAUUAAAAUCAUUACGAAUUCUAUUAAGAACCUCUUGUUCGUAUAUAGUACAAAAAUGUUUAGUUUUAAUUUUGUUGAAAUGUUAGUAAAUUGAUCACUGUUUAAUCAUGUUACGUAAAUCUACAUUUUUAAAAACUUUUGCAUUACCAGAAAUUGUCAUUUCCAUACCUAGGAAUGCGGCAUACUUUUUUGACUUUAAUUAAACUCUUGGCUGUUUUGUUUAGUUCUUUCUAAUUUCUAUUGCAUCAUAUUGAUUGUUUAUAGACUAGUUUACUUAUUUAUGCUGGUUGUUAAUUUAUAUUUUUUUAUUUAGCUCAAAGGUUAAUAAUUAUUAGUUUUUUUUUGUGAUUUAUGUAAGAUAAUAAGUUAAAUUUUUAUUAGAAUUAAAACGUUGAAAGAGAGGAUGGCGUCAUUCUAUUUUGAUGCUCCUUUACAUGUUUUGUUCAUGUGUAGAUUUCACAUUGUUCAUAUAACCUUUGUCAUUCCAACUGCAAUAGAAUAUUAAUGGCUUUACAUUGAAAGAAAUUCGUGAAAGCUAAAAUGUUAAUCUGAUUAUACAUGCAUAUAUAUGUUUAAGCACGUUUGAACGUGAUUGUAAUGGCUUAAUAUUACGAUUUUCCAGAACAGAUUGAUGGGUUUUUAGACCAUUCUAAAGUUAUUUUUCUAAAUUUGGAAAUUUAUAUAAGUCAGAAAUAAAAAGGAAUUAACGA